UGUUUUAAACAUUUCCCUUUCUUGUUUGGUUCUCCGUAUCGGAGGUGAAGAUCAAAGUUUCAAACAUGAAAGCUGUGGAGAUUGAUUUCAAAACCUCCACACAAGCAAUGACUCUAAAGAAGGAGAAGAAGCAUCAAAAUCAUUUUCGAAAUGACGCACCAUCCCCAGUAUCAGCUUCACAUGCAAUUGGGUCUCACCUGGUUUGCGCCCUAGGCUUAGCUCUCUCGUUCUGGGCCACCCACAGUUUCUUCUCCACCAAUCUCAUUUCUGAUCCCGUCCAUACCCUCCUCCUCAUCUGGGUCUUUGAAACCCCGAUCGUGGUCCUUGUUUAUAGUCGGUUUCGAAAGAAUCCGAAAGAAUGCUCGUAUUGGAAAGCAGUGGGACGAGGCUUAUUGGGAAUUCCACUUGGGGCUCUCAUCAAUAUAUUUGGAGCUAUUGCUUUGGGUGCACCUGUUGGCAUUCAGUAUUUACCGAGGACCAUUAACUGGUCUCUUCUAAUGUCAUUAUUGACUUUUGUUCCUGCGGCUUGUGUUUUUGGUUCAUCAUGGACAGAUUGGCAGCGUGUCUUUGCACACACAAAGCCUAUUGGAGCUAUUGAUUAUAUGAUAUGCCUACCAGCACAUGGUGCUAUUAUUGGAGCUUGGUUAGGGGCUUGGCCCAUGCCACUUGAUUGGGAAAGACCAUGGCAGGAGUGGCCUGUUUGUGUUAGUUAUGGAGCCAUGGCUGGUUACCUGGUUGCAAUGGUGGCAUCCUUAGGCUUCACACUUGUACGUGGCGCACGCCUUCCUCUCAAACAAGAUUAACCGGCUAUCAUUAGCUAUGCGAUUAACCAUAACAUCACUGAUUAAUCAUUGUCAUUUCCCUUUAAUUUUUCGGGCUUUCUUUCAUUUUUGAGUUGUGGUUAGAUUGAACCACAGAAGAACUUAGAACAACAGUCUGCCUUACCAUUUUGAUCAGGCCAUUCAUGUAUCUCUGAGUAGAAGAUUUCUGCAUUGACUAUCUGAUUUUUUUUCCUCUUUCUUUUAAAUGAUUAAGGGUAUGUUUGGAUGUA